AUGGAAUCACCACUAAAGAAGAAGAAAUUACAUCAUCACAAUGAUGAAGAAAAUAUUCAAAUAAUGAAUGAACAAGAUGAUGAAAAUGUUAAAAUAAUAUUAUCAGAUUCUUUAUACGAAAGUAAACUAUUCUCCAAUUUACAAAAUCAAUUCGGAGGAAGAAAAUUUAAAGAAAUCCAAUCCGAACACACAUAUAUUGAUCACAUUCGCUUCACACACGAUGUUAAAUGUAUUCGAACUUGUCCAAAGAAGAAAAAUUUACUCCUUCUCCACUAUUCUAAAGAACUUUCCAUUUAUGAUUUGGAAAGCAAACAAGAAAUUAGAAACAUUCACUUUAAAACAAGUGAAGAUUUUGAAAUUGAUGAUCAGGGAGAUUUCAUCUAUUACAUUACUAAAGAAGAUUAUUUAACAAAAUCUUCCUUAUUAGACGAAAGAAGUAAAUUAAACACAAUUUGGGAAGAGAAGAUUAAUUAUCAAACUUUUAUAUUUUGUGAAUCAAAGAAUGAAAUUUAUGUAAUUGAUCAUUUUAAUACUGAAUUUGUAAUGAUUCAUGUAUUGGAUGUAUCAAAUGGGGAAUUAAUUAGGGAAAUUGUCUUUCCUAUUAUGAAUUUGAUUACUGAAUGUGAUGGUGGACAUUUAACUCAUGAAAUUAAUCAAUUUUACUAUGAUGAAAAUGGAGGAAGAUUCUAUCUAGCUUUUGAAUCAGUUCUAGUUGAUGAUGAAGAUUCAGACGAUAAAACUAUUCAUUCUCUUUAUGUAUUUGAAGAAAAGAUUGGUAAAACUAGUAAGAUUCAUAUUAAUUAUUUAAUUUCAAUGAUUGGAAUUUUACAAGAGAACUAUUUCUUUUGUUUAGAUGAAUGUAGAAAUGUGCAUAUUUAUUCAAAGAAUACAAAUGAAUUGAAAAAUUCAUUUACAAUGAAUAGUACUGCUCAAUGUAUUUAUUUUGACAUGUCAACCAAUAGAUUAUUCCACAAAACAACAAGAUGUAUUGAAAUAUUUCAAUUAAAUAUUAUAACAAAGAAUGAGAGUUUUCCAAUUAACAGAGAAAUGUGUCAAGCUAUCAAGAGAUUGGGAGGCGAAUUUCCACAAUAUCUUUCACAACAUCAUCAAGUACCAAACACUGUAAAUUUCUUGAGGAAUAUUAAUUUCAGAAAUACGAUUUUGAAAUUUGUUGACAAUGAAAUUAAGGAACAUUUCAGUUUAAAAGAAUUACUAUGUAAUUCCAAUAUAGAUAAUGUGCCAUGGGGAUAUUUAAAACAGCAAAAGUGUUGGUUAUUUGUGAUUUUUGAGGAGGUUUCGAAUAUCAAUGACUUUCCAAUUUACCUUUGCUCUAGUAAGGAUCGACAAAUACUGUCAAGAACAUACACAUUUUCAGAAUUUCUCUCUAAAUGUACACCAGUUGAACAAGUUUCAGUUUUAGAACAGGAAUAUCUCAUUGAUUUUCAUAGUAUCUAUCAAAAUUUAUUACAAAAAGGUAUCAUUCAUCCACAAACACGUAAAAUCGACCCUAACAUUCUAUUAGCCAAGUAUAGAGAAAUGGUUUGUAAAAAUAUUCACAUAAUCGAGUUGAGAAAUCAUUUUCAAUACUCAACCAUUAAAUUGGAAAAUACUGAAUAUACAAAGAUGGAUUUAAUUGUGGCAGCUGAACGAAUUUACUCUGAUGCAACAAUACCACAAUCAUUUAUUAUUGAAUAA